AUAUACAUAGCUAUGGCCGAGGUCAGGAGGGUGUUGCGUCUCACCGUUUGCGUCAUUCGCCGGUGACUCAGCGGAGGGACGGGCAUUUAUCUGGAUGGGAGGCACACAAGAACCAGGAAGCUGUUAGGGACGCAUUUCUAAACUUAAAUAAUCCCUGUUGAAAGGAGCAAGGCCGCCGAAUUCUGUAGGAAAGGAAAACUUUUAUUUUCAUCUUUUUUCUAAACAAGUUUGAGUUUACGUUAGCUCUAGAAGGGACUGGUUUAUAUUUGGAAACAAACAGGCAUGGACCAAGAGGAGCAGGAAGACGAGCUGCUCGCCCUGCAGAGCAUAUUCGCUUCGGAGGAGUUCAUCCGAAAGGAGUCGAAGUGUGCCGGAGAAAUCCGAGUCUCUGUGGAGCUUCCUGAAGACUUUACCGUGGUCCUGAAACAUGGUGGUGAAACACUGAGGCAGUAUGACAUUUCGUUCCUUCCACCCCUGCUUUUGAACUUUGAACUUCCUGAGGACUACCCUUCCUCCUCCCCUCCCGCCUUCACCCUCACCUGCAGCUGGCUGUCUCACACGCAGCUGGGUUUAUUGAGUGCUCAGCUCGCUGAUCUCUACGAGGCCACCAGGGGCGCUGUGGUGCUUUUCUCCUGGGUUCAGUUUUUGAGAGAAGAUGCCCUAAAGCUCCUGGACAUCCACAGUCUGCUGGAGCUUCCUUCAGAUAAACCAAGCUAUCUGCCAGAUAAAAAGAGUAAAGAAGAUAAUGAGCCAUCACUAGCAGCGGCUAAUAACACCCCCAAACCCACAGAUGUGUCUUAUCUUAGUGGACAUGGUUCUUCUGUGUCAUCUGGAGGAAAUUUGUUAAAUCAUUCAACUUCAGCCCAGAGCAGAGACUCUCAGGGAGCUUCUGGACUGAACUCUAAUGAGGCUGACCAAAAAGAUUUAUGUUCCUCGGGCACUAAAGCACAUCAUCCAGAGGCUGAUGCAACAGUUUUACAGAUCUCAGAUUUUAAAUCUGACAGCCGGAAGGAUCUUUCUUCAGCAGCGGACAAAUCUGAAGGUCUUCCAUCUUCAGAGUCUUUUGAAAGUCGCCAGGAAGGUGUUUUCAACAAAUCUGAGGUUUCACAGCCUCUAAGUGAGAAAGAACCAGUCCGGCCCACAGAAAUCUCGUCAAACAACGAAUCGACCUCUGCUUUUCUCUCUUUAACUCCAUCCCAAAAGCUCAUGUCACAGAUUUUAAUCUACAACGCGGCGCAGAAGCAGAAGGUCUUCGCCACCACUGUGUUUGACUGCGGCGUUUGUUACACGGGCUGGCUCGGGUCGGAGUGUGUGCAGCUGCAUGAGUGCAGUCACGUCUUCUGCAGGGCCUGCCUCGGGGAGUUCUGUAAAGUCCAGAUUAAUGAGGGGAAUAUUCGUGGUGUCACCUGUCCUCAUGAUGGCUGUACCGCAACCCCGACACCUGCACAGGUGAGGAGUCUUGUUGGAGAGGAGCUGUUCAGCCGAUAUGAUCGCCUCCUCCUGCAGUCUACACUGGACUGCAUGUCUGAUGUGACCUACUGUCCUCGGACGUCCUGCAGUUCUGCUGUUAUCCUGGAAGAGUCCAGCAACGCAGCGAUGUGUUCUGUGUGCAGCUUUGCUUUCUGUGUUAAAUGCAAGAAGACGUACCAUGGAACAAAGGAGUGCUACGUAAAAACGAAACAGAAGGUCAAAGAGGACAUCCAGCUAGAUAUGCCACGGUCAUUAGAGGGGAAACAGGCCCUUCUGGAUGAUUACAUUGCCAGCAGUACGAAGAGACGAGGUCUUCUGGAGAGCAGAUAUGGCCGACGACUGCUUCUGUCCAUGGAGACGAAUCUGUGUGAAGAGUGGAAAUCUACCAACACCAGACCUUGUCCCCACUGCUUCUGCCCAAUAGAGAAGAACGGUGGAUGUUUCAUGAUGUGGUGCACUCAAUGUCAGCAGCAGUUCAUGUGGCUCUGACUCAGUAAACUGGAUUAACCGUCCCAGCAGGGUGAUAUCAUCACUUGGGGUCCACGUGGCGGGGUGAGGUGGUGCUCACUCCUCAGCAAAAUAAAAAUAAAAAAACACGUGGGGUCCAUUAGGAACACAGAAUGGUUAAGAAACUCCUUCCAGACUUCAGAGGCAAUAGAGACAAACUCCACGUGUGAUUUUAAAAUCUUAAACCAUACAUCUAAACUUUACUUUGGGGACAGUGCAAUAAAAAUGAGUGUUUAAAGCAAAACAUAAGCGCGUGUCCUAAACAGGAUUUAGAUUUGUGCACUAUAUUUAAUAAAUGUAUUUAUUUAUGCCACAUGGAUUCACAAGAAACCGUGUCAUCAGUAAAAGCUGCUGCGCCUGAACAAGUGGUGCUGGGGCCUCGUUCAUCAAAUGUUUGUAGAAAAACGACUAAAUUCCUAUGAAUGAAAUUCUGAAUGUUCGUACGAACAGUAAAAAUCCUGAUUUAUGAAACACGUGGUGGUGUCAUGUACACACGUUCCUCCGCACUCAAUCCCACCUGUGUGUCUCCAGGUUCUCGUGUUCGUUCUCAGUCAUUUACAUGCAGGAACACCCUCAACUAACCAGAUUUGGUCACGCAACGUCCUCAGCUCGUGAGGGGAUUCCCUGGGUUCUACCCGGAAAAAAGAAAGAAAACCCCAUAACAUCCCAAACCUUUAUAGAAACCAGGUUGUGCCACCAUGGGUGCUUUAUUAUUUAUAAUUACACAUAAUUAUUGUUGUUUUCUGAAGAUAUUCAUGGCUUUGAGCAAUGAGUCUUGAUUAACUUGGCUACAGGGAUUAAAAAAGAAAUCUCAGCUUCAUGUUUCUUUUAAUUUGAACUUUUUAGGUUUACAGGAAUUGAUUUAAUUUGUGUUCUGGAAUGAUUUGUUAACUGGUGACGUUAAGGUGACCAGUGAGCAUCAUGGGUUCUACGCUAAUUUUUAAUUACACUGAGGGUGCAAAAUUGUGCUUUUUAUUGUAACGAGUUCUAGGACACUGUACUUGCACUUUAUUGGGGUUCAGUUUUUUUUUUUUUACUUUGGGUUCAGGGGACGUUUUGAAUUGUUCAUUAAAGAGCAAGUCACCCCCUACCAGAUUCUUACUCAACUCCCACUUCCUGUUUGGAAAAUGCAACAAAUGCUGUUGCUAAGCAGACCAAGAGGGCAGAGCCACACACACACACACACACACACACACACACACACACAGGCUCACAACGACAUUGUGGCAUCAUAUGGUACCAGCUAAUGUUCUAGGGUACCUCUUAGCCAAUAGCGAUGGCAGAUUUAAAUUCAAAUGCAGUGCAGAGUUUUUACCUGACAACGGCACAACACUGACAGUUUUAGGCAGAAAAUAAAAAUUUUAACUAAAAUGCACUAAAGUGCAGAACUAUUGACAUGUGUCUGCAGCACGAUUAGACACACAUUUAUAUAGUUUAUCAGAAAAAAAUGAUUUGGGGGUGACUUGCUCUUCAAAUGCUAAUCAAUGAUUACAAAUCUGCAGCAAUAAAGGAGCAAUAGGUACAAAUUCAACAAUAAAAUAAUCACAAAACGGACAAAUAUCUCCAUGCUGGAAAGAAGGUUAUACUGAAACAGAUUUCCUUCUCAGCCUGCUGGGGGUUGUCCAUUUUUCCCUUUCAAAAUGGUGAAAUGGGCACCUAGACUGUGGGUUUGUGAGGAUGCCGUGUCUCCAGCUAGCUAAUGCUGCAGCGCCAGCAAUUGUAAUUCGAUGCUGGGAGGCAAAAUGCUCUAGAUUUGUUUAAAGAACCAAAGUCAGUAAACAAGAGCAACCCAGAAGUUCUAAGAAGCUACAGCAUCUUUUUGUUUUAUUCUAAUAUCAGGUGAAGCAGUCUAGAGGCUAAUGUUAAGGUAUCAUUAAGCUAACAAUGCCAACGGUUAAAGAUGAAGCAAGUAGUCGGCUCUAAAAAAUCAAAAACAACUCAUUAUCGCAGUGAAAUGUGAGGUUAAUGAGUCAAUCGUGGCUUUUUUUAAUGAGUCGUUCAAAACUAUAACAGAAAGAUGGUAAACCACACUUCCUUCCAUGCAGAAGAAAUUUUACUGCAAUAAGUGUAGUACAUGCCCCCUACCAUAAAACACCCAAGAGUGCCAACACCAGAUAUGACAAUGUAUUCCUCUAAUUAUCAACUUGGUGUGUAUGACUUGAUUUGCUUGUCAUCUAGAAUCCUCUGGUGCUCUUUUGUGUAUUCCUACUGUGUGUUUCUACUGAUUGCAUUAUUAAGCUCUUUUUAACAGGCCAUUUUUUACCUUUUGGCUGACAUUUUUGACCACUCCUGCGGUCUUCUUCAGAGCUAGAUGCUAAAAGUGACGCCACCUUUAGCGGCUAGCUCUGAAGAAGACUGCAGGAGUGGUCGAAACUGUCUGCCAAAAGGUAAAAAAUAACCUGUUAAAAAUAACCUAAUAAUGCCAUCUUCUGGUGCUGAUCAAUAACUGGAAACAACCAUGAAACUCAUGGAAAGACGGUGAAAUUUUAGAAAAAUGGGCUUCAGUAACCAGAUUUGACCACAGGGUGUCAUUCUCACUUAAUUCUUACAUAUUGCACCUUUAACUACUAGAACAAGGUGUCCUUUAAUUUAGUUAGACUGUUGGACUUACUGUACGCAGUAGACACUUUAUGAAAUUAUGUUUGGCGUAUUUAAUGAAAAAUAAAAUCAUGUUUAAAUGUUAA